GCAAGCCUGCACCAGCGCCAAACUCGGUGAGCAGUGCAUAUCACAAGCUUAGAGCCGCUGUGCACAGACCUUUUGAUUGACACCUUCAGUCCCUGCCGCGAACACUGCAACAGAUAGGCUCUCUGGCAAGUUGCAGACUGCCCACACAAAGCACCGAGUUGCAUACAGCUGCGCAUCGAUACGCCGAGGUGCAAACAGCAGCGCAUCGAUACGCCAUCGCCGCGAUAGCACCUCAGGGGACACCGCAAGGCUACAACAGAAAAUGGUCGCCACGCGCUCCGGCCGCUCGAAGACGUCGGCCGACGCGGCCGAGUCGACGUUAGUGCCCCUCGCCCUCAAUUUGCUGGGUUGGUACGGCUGCAACGCCUUCUUCAACGUCCUGAACAAGGAAGCACUCAAUAGGUGGCCUUACCCCUGGGCCGUCGCGUGGCUGCAACUCGUGGCCGGUGUCGCGAUAGUAAUACCGCUCUGGGCGUCGGGGCUGCGAGCGCCGCCAAAAGCUGACCUACAAUUCGUGGCGCGGACCUUCGGGCCCAUCGGCGCGCUGCACGCGGGCGGCCACGGCGCCCAGGUCGUGUCGUUCGGCGCGGGAAGCGUCUUCAUGGCCCACGUCGUCAAAGCAUUGGAGCCCAUCGUCGGUACUGUGAUAGGCUACCUCUUCCUCGGUUCAACGCCGUCGCUGAUGACGAACUUGAGUUUGGUGCCCAUCGUCUGCGGCGUCGUCUAUGCGGCGUCGAAGCCCGGUGGCGUUGACUUCGGGGGAUUGACGUCGCUCCCGGCGCGCACGGCGUUGGUGUCCACGGUCGCCUUCGCCUUCGCCAAGGUCCUCGCGAAGCGCCAGAUGUCGCCCAAGGUCAAGAAGGCGCGGAACCUGGACGGCGCCAACGUUUAUGGGUUGCUGACGCUGUGCUCGUGCGUUUGUUUAGCCGUGCCGGCGUUUCUGUUGGAGGGGGCCGCGGCCUACGACGCCUUGCAGAGUACGGAUUCUAUGAUUGUGCUGUCGCUCGUCGCUAGAAGCGGUGCAUUGUACUACCUCUCGAACGAGUUCUCGUUCCGCGUGCUCGGCAUGUUGGAUCCAGUGAGCCAGGCCGUGGCGAACGCGGCGAAGCGCGUCUUCGUGCUCGCGGCGGCGGCCGUGUUCCUGGGCGAGGUGCCCUCAACGCGAAAGAUCGUCGGGUCCUGCGUCGCUUUGCUGGGAGUCCUCGGCUACGGCCUCUCGAAGCGGGACGCGGCGAAGAAGAAUCGUUGAUUUCUCCCCUUCCUUCUCUCUCGCUCUAAGUUUCGCCGAGUCU